GAGUUCGCCUUCGCCUACCUGGCCUGGCUCAUCUACUCCAUCGCCUUCACGCCCAAGGUGGUGCUUAUCCUAGGCACUUCCAUCCUGGAUCUCAUCGAGCUGCGCGCGCCCUUUGGCACCACGGGCUUCCGCCUCACCAUGGCGCUGUCGGUGCCCCUGCUCUACAGCCUGGUGCGGGCCAUCAGCGAGGCGGGCGCGCCCCCAGGCUCGGCCGGACCCCUGCAACUGCAGCCCCAGCAGCACCGCGCCGCAGGCUGCUUCCUAGGCACGUGUCUGGAUCUGCUCGACAGCUUCAGCCUGGUGGAGCUGACGCUGGAAGGCCGCGUGCCGCUGCCCGCGCACCUGCGCUACCUGCUUAUCGGCGUUUACUUCCUUACCCUGGCCUCGCCGGUGCUCUGGCUCUACGAGCUCAACGCCGCUGCAGCCUCGUCCUGGGGCCAGGCCUCUGGGCCGGGCAGCUGCAGCCGCCUCCUGCGCCUGCUGGGGGGCUGCCUGGUGGACGUGCCCUUGCUGGCGCUGCGCUGCCUCCUCGUGGUCAGCUACCAGCAGCCCCUCUCCAUCUUCAUGCUCAAGAAUCUCUUCUUCCUUGGCUGCCUUGGCCUGGAGGCUUGGGAGGGCUGCUGGGACCGGGGUAGCCGGGCCUCCCCGAGUCGGGCCAGGGGGGGCUAUGGUGCUCCGCCCUCUGCGCCCCCGCCACCGCCGCCAUCUCAGGGAGGCUCCCAGCUGGGCCACUGCAUUUCGGAGAACGAAGGCGGGGCCCAUGGCUAUGUCAACACCUUGGCUGUGGCCUCCCAGAAUUGAGGGGUGCAGGCAGGGGGGCUCGGUUUGGGGUUAGCAGUCUCCAGUCCCUUGUCUUCUGACGUUCUCAGAUUGAUGGGACUUUCUGGAAGGCGGAGCUGCUGGUAGGGCAAAGGGUCACGUGUCCAUCUACACCCCAGGGGAAGACUGCUGGGUGGGAGCGCCCUGUCCGGUCUGCUUGUAGUCCCCUUCUCCAGAGCCUCCCUUGAGGCUGACCUCCAAGGGGCUGACCCUGCGCUGGCCUUCCCUGCCCCACCCUAAUCCCAUUCACUGUGGGGUAGAAUGGUGGAAAGAGGGUGCUCAGGCAGGGGAGUGCUGGGCCUUGGGCCUUCCCCUAUACUUGCAAGUGCCACCCUCUCUCAGGCUGCGAUUAGUGGCCAUUGACCCGCGCCUUGAACUUGACCCGGAAUCCACUCUUCCCUUGAUGUAUCUCUGCAAUUCCUUCCAGGUGGUAGCUGCAACAUGUGUCUCUAUGUGUGUGUAGCGUGUUUUCUUGUGUCCACCCUGUGCCCCUUGCGAUUGGCAGGAGAUCUGGGGAGGCCCUGCCUUGCCCUCACACAUACUGUCCUCUCCUCUUUCCUGCCUGCAUUUGUGACCAAGAAUUCCCAGGAAGAGCUGGGCUCCUGGGAGCGGCCCCGGUAGCUCUCCUCCAAGGGAGCAGCUCAGCCAGGACCUCCCUCAGCCCUGCUCCUCUCUUCCCAGCUCAGGGGGAGGUCAUACUCUAAGGACCAAACGGCACCCUUUUUGGGGUGAGUGAGCAUUUUCUACCUCUGUGCUUUCGGUUUUUGUUGCAUCAUCCACUGAUGCUGCUUGCAAAAAAUAAAGACAAAAAUACUCAGAAGUUGCAUUCAACAUGGCCGCCAGACCCAGCCGGGUUUGGGGCCAGUGUUCUUACAGGGUCUGCGGAGUAUCAGCCAUUGGCUUGCCCUCUUUCUGUUCCUCCCUCUGCAUCCAAAACUUUUACCCUUCUUGUGGCUCGGUGCCACCUGGAUUAGAUCUUGGCUCGGAGCACCACCUUUGGCGGGUCCCUGGGUGGAUGUGACGUUGGGCCACACUCAGGCCCAGUUCCCCACUGCCCCUUCCUCGGGGAGGCUUGGGGGAGAUCAGAAGGAGAUGACCUUUCUUCUGCUCUGUUAAGGGCCUCGCUGGGGACAGGAAGGCGCAGGACGCUGCUGCCCCCCGCCUCUCCCCAGUGUCUCUCUGUCGAGGGUGAUAACGAGACACAAGGCCUGCCACUUACACGCCUGGAAUCUUCGAGGCAGGCAGGUAUUUUUAGGGGAGGUGAGGGUGCAGGAGGACAGCUGGGGGCAAGACCAGGAAAUACUCACUUUCCUCCCCCCUCACAGGAAGGGGUAGGAGGCAAACCGUUAAAGAUUUUCGUUUCCCUUCUCCUUUCUUAGGCUUACGUGUGGUGUGCUGUAAUGAGCCCUGGGCAAGGGGCCCGGACAUGGACUCGUGUGCUCACUCUGUCAUAGCUCGGAGUGACACGCGGUUAUCACUUUCUGGGCCUUGGUUUGCUCACGUUAAAAAUCAGAGUUGGAUUCAUGUUCUUUAAGCUACCUUUCAACUCUAGCACCCCUUGGGUUUAUGGCUGCAGACGUUCCUUGUCAAGGUGGGCAGGAGAGGAGCCAGCAGGGCGUCCUUGCAGACACACCUCUGCUUCCGGCCUGGGUGUGCCUGACACUCGGAUUGGAGAGCAGAGGGACGGCUCUGGGCCCCGGGCCUGGGGCAGGACUGUGAUGUCUGCUCCAGCUGCACUGACUCUGGCCUCCUGGAACCCGCUGCAGGGCGGGGCCUAAAGUGCCAGGUCACUGACCAUUAAACUCAUUCAGUGCCCGGGCCAAGCAGCGCCCCCGCCCCACUGCUGGGCUGUCUGAGAACAGGGCGCUUUCUCUCCCACUGCUUGGGGGCUUGUGAACAGAUGCCUGCGGAGGCAGAGACAAGGAGGGGUUAGUGGCUUGCCAGAGUUCUCUCAAGCCUGCUCCGAGUGCGAGGAACCUGGGAGCCUGUUUACACUCAGCGCCCUGUUCCCAGCCCCUGCACUCGGUCCAGUACCACUGGCCGAAUUUCGCCGUAAGUCAGCUUUUUCUGCCGUCUCCUGCUCCCUACGACUCCUCUUCUUUCCUUUUGAUUGUAUCAAGGUUUGGGGUCUAGGCCACGGGUGGGUGCCGAGCGCUGUUCCCUCCGUUCCCAAGCCUCUCCAGCUUUGCUGUUUCUCUGCUACCUAAUCUCAGUGACUGUGACAGGACAGCAUCUGAGCCCUGGCUGUGGCGGCCAGCCCUACCCACCUGUCUGUACUGUUAGAAGGCCACCUCCCGACGGCGUCCUGUAAGAUCUGCAGCUCUGUUGGGCUUUGGUGGGAGGCCGUGAUAAGUCCCAGUGAGCUGCCACUUCCCUGGGUUGUCCAGAGACAGGUGGCAGCUGGGCUGACCUGGUGGAGCCAGCCUGGCAGGCCCUGUGUGAGCCCUACUCACCUGGACACCCUCUUACCCGGCAAGCGCCUUGUGUGUGGGCAGUGCACCUCUCUGGUGUGUUUCCCUUGGGUCCUUUCGCUCACUUCCCCAGCUCCAUUCACCACAAGGAAUGGCCCCUAACAUGUCCUUUGCCUUGCAGCCUGGGCACUGCUGUCUGGGCACUUGCAGUGCAGGGUCAGACCUGAGAGGCCCCGGGGGCAGGGUGAAGCCGUGGUGUGGCUCGCAGGGAGCCAGACUCAGGAGCAAGACCUGAGUGCCCCUAGUCAUUGGGCCCCCCAGUCCUCGUUUUAAUGAGCCCAGACCCUCCCCAGACCGUUCUGUUCUCACACCCCUGGCUCUGAGUCGGGGGUGGUGUGGAGAGAGCGAGCUGGCAGCCAGAGCCAGGAAGAAGGGAAGUGGCACCUCACUAGCAUUUCUCACGUUUUUUUCUUUUUUUCCUCCUUCUCUUUUUAAAAAUAAAG